GCGGGCGAUGGGGCAGGCGCUGUGCGUCUGCUCGCGCGGCACCGUCAGCCUGGGGGGAGCGCGGUACCUGGUUCUGCACCGGCUGGCGGAGGGAGGCUUCAGCUAUGUGGACCUGGUGGAGGGCCUGCGGGACGGGCGCUUCUACGCCCUGAAGCGCAUCCUGUGCCAUGACAAGGAGGACCACCAGGCCGCCCUGCGAGAGGUGGAGAUGCACGGCCUCUUCGACCACCCCAACAUCCUGCGCCUGGUGGCCCAUUGCAUGGUGGAGAAGGGUGCCAAGCACGAAGCCUGGCUCCUCCUUCCCUACGUGAAGGGGGGAACCCUCUGGAGUGAGGUGGAAGCACUGAGAAAGAAAGGGAACUUCAUGCCAGAGCAGCGAAUCCUUCACAUCCUCCAUGGCAUCUGCAGUGGGCUGCAAGCCAUCCACAGCAAAGGCUAUGCACACAGGGACCUCAAGCCCACCAAUGUGUUGCUGGAUGAAGAUGACCAGCCUCUGCUGAUGGACCUGGGCUCCAUGAACCAAGCUCGCAUCGAAGUCAACAACUCUCGGGAGGCCAUGGCCCUGCAGGACUGGGCUGCCCAGCGCUGCACCAUCUCCUACCGUGCCCCCGAGCUUUUCACGGUGCCAAGCCAGUGCAUCAUAGAUGAGCGCACGGAUAUCUGGUCUCUAGGCUGUGUGCUGUACUGCAUGAUGUUUGGGGAAGGCCCCUAUGACGCCAUCUUCCAGAAGGGUGACAGCGUGGCUCUGGCAGUGCAGAACCCCAUCACUGUGCCCUCCACAUCCAGGUACUCGGCUGCCUUGCAGCACCUGCUCUCCUCCAUGAUGACAGUGAACCCCCAGGAGCGACCCAGCAUAAAUGACAUCCUCCACCAGCUGGAGGGGCUGCAGCCAGUGCCGGUGGGACAGGACACCACACAGAUCUGAGUCUGUUCCACCCCACAGCAGCAAUGCAUCCUGAGCCUGACCCAGAGAAAAGCAGCUGCCCUCAUCUCUGCUGCCUCAUGGAGCCAUUGCAGAGGAUUGCUGCAGUCAGGGAAGAGCUGCUGCUCUUUGUUGGGGUGUGUUGGAUUUGGAGUGUUCUGUGCCCUGGAUGCUGCUGCAUGGGACCUGGUCUGUGUUCCAGAACAGUGGACAUGUGACCUGCUGCUAAACACAGGGCCCUGGCUGCCCCUGGGGGUUACAGAGGAGCGUGCUGUGGGACCUCCCCGGGGUGAUGGCAGCAGUGGCCCUGCAGUGCUGCUGUGCCCCAGGAGGGCUGCUCCCAGCUGGGGCAGAGCUGCAGUUGGGGUCUCGGUCCUGUGCUGGAGCAAGGUGGGGGGUUCCAGCACCUGCUCUGCCACUGCUCCCAGCACCAACAUUGCCUUGUGUUUGGAGUAAAAGAUGUUCUUGCAGA